UCAGGUUAGUAAAUAAAGUAGUCAUUUCAUUCCGAAGGAAUUUCACAAACACACUCUGGCUAUUUAAACAAUUUAAUAGUAGUAUAAAAUUAUUGAAAAAAUAUUUCAGUUAGGUAGGUAGUGUUGGCAUUUUCGACUGACGACAAAACUAAAGCAUUUCGAAACAUUACAUUGUAAUACUGUAAGUAAGACUUUAUUCGUGAAAGAAGUGUCUAUUAACAGUACCGAAAGUGAUCUGAAUGCCUCGCUUCCAGCUACCUUCUAAACUUAAUAACUUUUUCUCGGACAUCAUCCACUGGUCUAAGCCACACGGCCUUCUGUUAAAUCCCUCUAAAUGUCGAAAUAUUAGCUCCACCUUCAGACACAAACGUGAUCUACACGAAAUGGCCUGUUCACAAGAUGUUUUCAGCAUACAGUACACCGAAACAGAAACUAUUUCAAGCAUAAAAUGCUUUGGGAUAUUUCUGUCCUCUGAUAUUUCAUGGUCAUCCCAUAUCAUGUCGAUUUCUAGAAUGUUCGGUCUAACCUUCUACGUUAAGAAGUUAGGACAUUCAAGUGUCACCCAACCUCUGCUUUUACAAUUCGUUAACUCUUGCAUCUUACCUUAUGUUCUUUAUUGCUCCCUUCUUAGUCUUUCCCGGGAUACUCAAAAAGAACUGUGUCAUAUUGCGAAGGGCAUUAAAGAUUGUUAGUAGGGCAAGUAGUGUGCCACUAAGACAACUCGGUACUACAGUGAUAGACGGAUACCUAGAUGAAAAAUAGUCUAAAUUUAUACCAUCUGCCCCUAAGCAAUCUCUCCCCUUCUUGCAUCUCAUCAUAUCAUUUAGGGACUAUUAGAAAACCAGAGAGUACUGGUUUUCCAUGGGUUCUCCAACUGAUAUCACCUCGUGAUCCAAUCUAUAACCUAUCAAGUCCCUGCAAACCAACAUUUGAAAAUGAUAAUACCAUAUUUUAUAUGAUCCAAAGUUUAACUAGAUGCGU